UAUUACUACUAUAAAUUACCUAACUAGCUCCAUAAAAGUGCCUGUCUAUUUUCUCAUAUUUCUGUGCAUGGAUACAGAAGGAAAAAGAAAAUUAAAAAUGGAGAAGGAAGAGCAGACUAGAGAAACACCACAAAGCCAUGUCCUUGUCUUCCCUUUCCCAAUUCAAGGUCAUAUUAACCCAAUGUUCCAAUUAUCAAAACAUUUAGCUUCAAAAGGCUUAAAAGUGACCUUAAUAGCCACAUCUUCCAUUGCCCGCACCAUGCGAGCACCUCAAGCAAGUUCAGUCCACAUUGAAACCAUCUUUGAUGGGUUCAAAGAAGGCGAGAAGGCAUCAAAUCCAAGCGAGUUUAUCAAGACGUACGACAGAACUGUUCCGAAAAGUUUAGCUGAGCUCAUAGAGAAACAUGCUGGCUCUCCACACCCUGUCAAGUGCGUGAUCUAUGACUCGGUGACACCUUGGAUCUUCGAUGUUGCUCGCAGUUCAGGCGUUUAUGGAGCUUCUUUCUUCACUCAGUCUUGCGCGGCUACUGGUUUAUAUUACCAUAAAAUCCAAGGAGCACUGAAAGUUCCUUUAGAAGAGCCUGCGGUUUCACUGCCUGCAUAUCCUGAAUUGGAGGCGAAUGACCUGCCGUCAUUUGUUAAUGGUCCAGGGUCAUAUCAAGCUGUUUAUGAUAUGGCUUUCAGUCAGCUUUCAAAUGUGGAUGAGGUCGAUUGGCUUUUAUGGAAUACCUUUACUGAGCUUGAGGAUGAGAUUGUGAAUUGGAUGGCAAGCAAGUGGACGAUCAUGCCAAUAGGACCCGCAAUUCCUUCAAUGUUUUUAGACAAUCGAUUAGAAGAUGACAAGGACUAUGGCGUUAACCUCUUCAAACCCAACUCGGACGCUUGCAUGAAGUGGCUAGACUCAAAGGAACCAAGCUCAGUUAUUUACGUAUCAUUUGGAAGCCUGGCUGCCCUAGGAGAAGACCAAAUGGCCGAACUGGCCUGGGGACUAAAAAGAAGUAACAACAACUUCUUAUGGGUAGUAAGAGAAUUAGAACAGAAAAAGCUCCCACCCAACUUUGUAGAGGAGGUAUCAGAAGAGAAUGGUCUAGUCGUAACAUGGAGUCCUCAGUUACAAGUUCUAGCCCACAAGUCAGUAGGAUGUUUUAUGACUCAUUGUGGGUGGAACUCAACACUUGAGGCGUUGAGCUUAGGCGUGCCAAUGGUGGCAAUGCCACAAUGGACGGAUCAGCCAACGAAUGCAAAGUUUGUUACAGAUGUUUGGCGGGUAGGAGUUAGAGUAAAGGUUGAUCAAAAUGGGAUUGUCACUCGAGAAGAGAUUGAAAAAUGUAUUAGGGAAGUGAUGGAAGGGGAAACGGGAAAGGAGAUGAGGAGAAACUCUGAAAAGUGGAAGGAGUUAGCGAGAAUUGCUGUAGAUAAAGGUGGAAGCUCAGAUAAGAACAUUGAGGAAUUUGUUUCAAAACUUGUAUCCAAGUCCAGCAAUGCAUUUAAAGAGCGCUGAAACUAUGAGGCCCGAAUAAGCAUAAAGAAAAAAAAUUUCAAUCCUGUGGAAUUUUAAGUUGCUGUCCUCAGAAAAAUUGAAAAUGGAUAUCUUUUUGAAUGUGUAAUUUCUUUAUUCAUGAAAGUAACCAUAUUUAUUA